AACAGCGGGCCUGAGUUCUGCGCUACUGUUUGGCGAGCGGGCCAGCCUCGGGGUUCGGCAGUCGCGGGAGGUGCGUGACGUUCCAGGUGGUCUUGAGGAGGGAUUUGCCCAGGCACAGUGUCUCAGAAGGCGAGCCCAUUUGUUAUGGUCUGAACAAAAGUUAUGCCAGAGGUUUUUUAAAGAGUUGAUAAGCAGGCUGUUAAGUCUGCACGAUUUAACAGAUCGCUGUAAUUUGGUAAACGGGCAAUCAUGAACGUCAAUGACUUUGUGAUACUCCCUGGUUCAAAGACAGGAAUGUCUGUAAAACUGAAGGCAAAAAGUGUGCGAGAGUUGCAGCUCGAGAAGGUUCAGCUGGAACUUGAAAAUAAAGAAAUGGAAAGGAAAUUGCAGCAGCUUCAAUCAAACAUGAGCAGAGAGAAGCUUGAGAGAGAACGAGCAAACGGAUAUCACUGGAAAUCUGGACAAGCUGGACUGGGCCUACAGCCCCCGCUGUCACAGAACAAAGAGAACACUGCAAAGAUUUCUUCAGGCAGAGUAAAGCUGAGAGUACUCAAAGAGCAACCUCCAGACCCGUCUAAACAAAUAGUGGUGCGUAAAGUUGCAAGUGCUGCAUCCACAGAAAAGCCGAAAGUGAAGGGAAAGCCGUGUGGUCAGUGUGAGACAAAGAUUGCUUUGCUGGUGUGUUUAGACUGUGGAAAGGAUUAUUGUCCUAGCUGCUUUGCCAGAGUCCACCAGAAGGGGGCACUGAAGCUCCAUAGAACAACUUGCCGGCAGGCAAAACCACACAUUCCAGUGGAGAAACUACAGGCAGCUCAGCAGUUCCUGAAAAAUAUCUACCCUGAUGAAUCUAACAGCAAGAUACAUUAUGAACAGAAGAAAGAAGUUAAUUUCUCAGAGGCUCUAUCAGACAAUUCUUCACGUUUACCGGAAACGCCAGCAGGUGCUAUAGAGGAGGUUUUUACAGUACCCACAGAAGUUGCGACCAAGUGCCAGACUGGUGGGUCUUUACUACAUGGUACCUUCAAUGAAGAAGAGUCUGCAAGGCAUUUCCAGGAAGCACUAAAUCAGUGGAGAAGUGGAAAUUCCCCUCAAAAGCACACCGAAGAGCAUUGUUGUCAGUCUGGGUCAGAAAACACGGAAACCUGCGAGGUACAAACAAGUCCUGCAGUUACGAAAAAAACUAUGGAAUUUCAAUUCAAAGAGGAUAGCUUGAAAUAUGUGGAAAAAUUAUGGCUUAAGAAAUUUAAAAGCACUCCACUUGAUACAUUGCCAGACGUUCUAGAAAUGGAACUUAAACCUACCAAAUCCCCGAUGAAUGAAGCUCAUGAAACUUGGGUUGGAGAAGAAGAGGAAGGGGAUGAGGAAAUAGCAAGGGCACAGUUAGCAGCUGAAGAAAUGAAAAAGUACUGGGCAGAUGGUAGGAAAGAAGAGCCUGAGGCAAUUCCUGUAAACCUUGAGCCUUCUCUGAAAAUUGAGAUCCUUGAAGAUGCUUGCAAGGAAGAGCCAAAAAUAUUUACCAACUUUGUGGUUAUGGAACCUGAAUCCGAAGAAUUUGAAGGCUACAGUUGUCCCGUGUCGGAGAAUCACAAAACGGAACCAGACAUUUUUCUGGCGCGAGCUGUCGACAUUCCCAUAAGGUCACCCCUUUCUUCUUCAGUCGACAAAGGAAACGAUUUAACUUUCCUUCGUAACCAGCAUAAAGAAACUCCUAGAGCAAGCUCACCUUCUGCACCGACAGAAAGAACAGGUGCUCUUUGUGAUCCUUCCGGUACAGAUGACGUUUCCAGUAUUCCUUAUGAAAGAGCUACAGAAGAAAAACCCAUGUUGUUGCAACAGGUGGCCCUAAAAAAGAAGCCCGUUUGCACCCCAUAUCGAGGAAUUGAAGGAUUUUUUGCAAUGAGUACAAACUCUCGGGAAGCCACGGCGGACUCGAUUCCUUCACCUAGCAUAGGCAGACAGACUCCAAGCACUGGCGUUUCAUUUUCAGCGUCUGACCAAUGGAUCAGGGACUUUAGCUUUAGUGAGUGUGCUGAUGAAGCAGUAGUGCAAGGUAUUUUGAACCUGGAGCUUGGCAGACCAUCAAGUAGAGUUGGACGGCAGAGCCCGAGUACCAGAGCUGCCCUUUCAGUCUCAGCCCGCGAAAAGGCCGUUCCGAGGCCUUUUUCAGGAGGCAAGCCCUGCCACAGAACUGCUGCUGAGGACAGCCCUCGCCCUUCGGCAGCCUUUCGCUCACCUGCAGCGCCUUUAUCUCGAGCGGCUUCUGAAAUUUCAGAAAUUGAAGGCGUCGACGUCACUGAGCGUGACGAUCCUUGCUUGGAAGACAGCAUCGACCGACAAGCUUUGGCAGAUUUAGAAAGCGAGUUGCGAACAAAUACAGCUCUUCAGGGAAAACUCGGCGGCACCUUGUCGGAUUCCCCUGCUUUCAACAGACGUUCAAAGGUGACAAGUCACAAUCGUGCAGCCGUUCCUAAUAUCCAUGAAAUGAAAGACUACCAUAAAAGUGAUACUGGAAGUGUAUAUGAUGGUCAUACAGAUGAUGAAGAAGACCUUUGGCAGGACAAGCAGCAGGUGAUGGAGCUACAUUGAACGCAUCGGACUCUGCCCUGCCCAUGUCUUUUCUUUUCAUUCUAUAAAAUUGUCAUGUCGAAAUGCCGGUCAUGAUGAGUCUGGUGGAUUAAGUUGAGCCCAUGCCCAAUCAAAUCUACUUGGAACAAAUAAAAUACGUGUUACAAACAAACACUUGCUUUUUCUAUUUCUGUUCUCCUUAUGACAUUACUUUAUAAAAAGACAAUUUUAUUUUUCCCCAGGGUUAACACAAAAAGAGCCAAGGAGCAAAAGUGGUGAACUGGAGACAAAACUUUGCUCGCUACCUGAAUUCCAUCCUGACAAAAGUUGGUUUCAUGUACCCGGCUCAAGGGUUGGCUCAGCUUUCUAGCCUUUCAGGGUUGGUAGAAUGAGUACCCAGCUUGCUGAGGGUAAAGUGUAGACCACUGGAGAAGGCUGUGGCAAACCAUCCUGUAAACAUAGUCUGUCUAGUAAAUGUGGUGAUGCGAUGUCACCCCAUGGGUCACCUUUACUUUAUUUACGGUUAGCAUGCCCUGACGUGGAUGACCCAUCUUGCCUGAUCUUGGAAGCUUAGUAGGGUCAGCUCUGAUCAGUAUUUGGAUCAGAGACCACCAGUCCAGGGUUGUCACAUUGAGGCAAGCAGUGACAAACCACCUCUGAAUGUCUCUUGCCUUGAAAAACCUAUGGGGGGGGUCACCAUAAAUCUGCUGCAACUUGACAGCCCUUUCCACCACCAGGGUUAGUUUCUUGGUCAAAUCUUACUGCAUGUUCCAUGAAGCCACCAGUAUAUUUUGUAGCUUGCCUUUUUUAUUUCAUUCUGGUAUCAUUUGUUAGCAAGGGCAGGCGUUAAGGGGCUGCUCGCCCUUCUAACCUUGCAGCCACAAAUAGGAACAAACUUAACAACAUGACAGACUGGGAAGAUUAGAGUCCAGGAGAACUUAAAGGCCAGCAAGAUUUCCUUUGUAAGCUUCAAGAGUCAAAACUCCCCUCUUCAAGUUCCUAUAAUUAAAACAAAAAUUUAAACAUAGAAAUUCAGCAGUAUAUGAACAGUUAAACAAAGAAUAAGAACAGAGAACAAACUUAACUGAGUUACAGUUCUAAAUUUAAAAAGGGCCAACAGAGUUAUACAAAAAGAUGUUCUAUAAAGGCAUAAAUUUUCAGUCACGUUAUUUUUUUAAUAAUAUUUUUCCUCCACGAACACAAACAUCACAAUACUAAUACCUGCACAUUAAAAUAAUUAUCUGUAUACGUACUACAGUUCCACUGUAUACAUUUUGUUUCAUUGUUUCUUUAAUACUUAACGAAUAAUGAGAAGUACAAUUUCCAUUUAUCUUGGACUUUUUCAGGUCUUUUAUUGACCAAGCUUGUUAAUUUUGCCUUUGUUACAUUCUCCCUUGAUUUAUGUUCCCAAUUCUCUACACUAGGGUGUUCUUCCAUCUUCCAGUUUGUUGCAAAAACUACUCUAGUUGUAGUCGUCAAAUACUGAAAUAUUUCUUCAGAGUUUUUUUUGAAAUGUUUUUCUUCAAGUUCCUGACAAAGAUAUAUGAUGAAGAGAGCUUUGACUCUCGAACGUGUAUAACUACCCUGAGAUAAAUGCUUAUAUUCUGAAAACCUUGUUGAUCUGUAAGGUUCCGCUGGACAUGAAUCUUGCUUGUUUACUACAAACCAACAAUGGUAUCCACCCGAAACUGUUAACAUGACAAAGAUUCUGUAAUUUGCCUUUUGCAGUAAUUGCGGGUGUUUUUGAACAGGAACAUAAACACAGCCAUCAGAUGGAGUCACAAAUUGUCUGUUUUAGACUAUCCAUGACUCCAUCUUGCUUGCCACUGAAAACCUAGUAUUCCCUCUGACUGUGCAUGUUAUAUGUUCUAUCUAUACGGUUCCUGUGAGGGAUUGAAAAAUUGCUGCAGAUGAGCAAAGAAUUAGCCGGGGGAGGGGGGGGUGUCAGUUUUUGUAGUUGCUGUUACUUUGAUUUAUUUAUAUAUUUUUUAAAAAAUGUUAACAUGCUAACUGUAGGCUGACGGUAUUCUGGGAUAAAAGCUGAAAGGAGGUCUCAUUUUCUCGCUCUUUCAGAAACUUCGGUUACCAUUGUUAAAGUUACAAUAAUUAAUUAUGUAUAUUUUUAAAAAAUAAAUGGUUGUUUUUACAGUG